GCGCCGCCUCUCUCGCCCUCGUGGAGAACGCGUUCGACUUCGUCGACGACGCCUUCCUCGCCGCGCUCGCUGCCGCCUGCCCGCGCCUCACCCGCUUGGUGCUCUGUGAGCUGCGCUUCACGGAGCCGUUCUUCCGUGUCGGGCAGCGCGCGCUCGACCGCUUCUUCCGCGCCGUGGCGCCGCGCCUGGAGGAGCUGUCGCGGGCGCACUGCCUGGACCAGACACAGAAGCUCCCCCCCUCCAUCGCUGUGUUCUUGGCGCUCCGCGUGCUGCGCCUGCACUCAGAGUUUCUCCGCGCACUGCCCGACAGGAUGUGCAAGCUGGCAGCGCUGCAGGAGCUGCAUUUGAGCUGCCCGUUGCUGGAGGAGCUGCCUGAAGCGUUCGAGCAGCUACGGUCCCUGGCGCAUCUCUCGCUCUCAAAGUGCACAGAGAUGCGGGCCCUCCCAGACAACAUCGGCGCGCUACAGCAGAUGCGGCGGCUGGAGCUGCGACAUUUCAGGGGAGACUUACCAGAGGUGUGCGAGGAGUGGACGACACUGGAGGACGUAACGCUGGUCGCAUGUGACAACAUCCACAUGCUCCCUCCCGCAUGCGUGGAGUUGCUCACGCGCCUGUACCUGGCGUGUAGCUGGGAGCAGGAGGCGCUGCCAGUCACUUUACCAUGGGCCACUGCCCUGUGCCACCUCAUCCUCAACUACUUCCGAAUAGUCGACAAUCGGGCCACACCCGUCGAGCGCCUCGAGGCGACGGCGGUGGACAGCAGCGAGCCCUUCCCAGAGGCCUUCUUCGCGCUGCCGGCUCUCGUGUGAGUCAAGGUGGACCGUGCCGCGUGGCUGGAGCCGCGGCUGCUGGAGAGGGAUCGGGAAUCGCGUGUAACGACCAGGCCGCCCCUCAGACCUGCCCUGCGGCACCUGGACAUGUGCCUGGUCAGGUCUUACUCCAACAAUGAGUCGCCGGGCGGCCAUCUCGCCGGCCGCCUGUGCGCCUUGCGCUCGCUGACGCACCUGGGCGUGAGCAACCUGAACCAGACCAUCCACCUGCCCCGCGCCCUGGGGCACCUGUGCAAGCUCCACUCGCUCGCCCUUUCCGGCUCCUUCCUCUGCCUCCCACACUCCCUCUCCCUCCUCUCGCUGUCGCUGCACUCGCUGUCGUUGAAGUUCACGCACUACGAGAAGUCGGGGAGUUACCACGUUACCCUGCCCGCCUUCAUCACCCACCUCACCUCCCUCACCAACCUACAUCUCACCAACAUCAAGAUCCUCUCCCCCCUGCAGCCCCUCUGCCACCUCUCCGCCCUGCGCUCCCUGCGCAUUCACUUUGAGUCCAGCAUGCACCAGUGCCCCAACCUCAUCUUCCUGCCAGUAGACCUAGGCCCGCUGGCAGCCCUGGAUUGGUUGGAGCUAAAAGGUUGCCACCUGAUCGGCGGCCUCCCACCAUCGCUGCCCGAGCUGCAGUCGCAUCGCUGAGGCGAGUGCACAUGCUGUGCAAGGGACUAACGUGGCUGCCAGAGGGGCUAGAGGGGCUGGUGCACCUGGAGGAGCUGCAGCUGUGCCAGUGCCGUGACUUAGAGGCGCUGCCGCAGGGGCUGGGCAGCCUUGGGGCACUGAGGAAGCUCAGCAUAGAGGGGCUGUCGUGCCCAGAGCUGCCGGAUUCCCUUCACAGCUUGUCCUCGCUGGAAGAGGCCACUCUCUCGAUGUGGUCCAAGUUUUCCAGCCUGCCUCCCUCCUUCUGCCUGCUCUCUCGCCUCCACACGCUCACCAUUACCAGCUGCGAGGACUGGUUACCCUACCAGACGCAUUUGGCUCCCACUCCUCCAUCCAAUGCCUCUCCAUCGACUCGUGCGAACAGUUUUCCCAUCUGCCUGACACGUUCCCCGCUCUAGCUUCUAUCAUGUGCCUCACCAUUACAGACGGCCCUGGAUUCGCCACCCUCCCAGAUAACUUUAACAUCCUGCCCUGGCUAGGCCGCUUGAAAAUCUCCGACUGCGACUCGUUCACCCACCUGCCCGCCUCCUUCCCCUCCCUGCCUUCCCUCCGUGUGGCCUGCUUCAGCUUUUGUGAGCAGCUGAGUCUCAAAAUAGCACAUUGAAAUUAGACAAGGGCAUACAAUGUAUUAUUAU